GAAUUAGCUUCGCCCCGAUGUUAUCUUGGUCGUAUCGUGUUCCUCAGUCAGUCACGACUCACCAUUGACUAGAGCAGCCUCAGCCUCAGCCUCUCCGAAGAAACGAGCAGCCAGACGCCCAUCACCCCGACCAAACCCUCGCUCGCUAGCUCCGCGACGGCGCCGUUGGGCGGAGAGAGAGGAGCUUCUCUUGUAGCGGCGGCGAUUGGGUUGGAGGUGGCGGGGCCGAGAGCGCCAGCGGCCGGCAGCGGCGAUUGAGGGGUGGGAGCUCUGAUCAGGCCGUCUUACAUUGAGGAAUUUGGGGCGGGCGCGGCGGCGAUUGGGAAGGAGGAUUUCAGGCCGAUCUGACGCCUUCGUCCCCCCACCUGGCUCCAACAAGCUCAGCCGUGCUCGAUCGCCUAGCCUCAGAUUGGAAGCUGCAAGUUGCUAAAGAACCAAGGGCUGUUGUGCUUUCGUGUCUCCGCUAUGUCUGAACAUCAUGGUUGGGCAGACCUGCCAGAGGGCCUGCUUCACUCUGUUGUUGCUCUGUCAGGCUCCUUCUCCGACCUUUUUGCCUUCUCUCUCACCUGCCGCUCGUGGCGCACUGCCUUCUCCUCAUAUCCAUCGAAAGCUACCUUCUCGACACUACUCCCGCCUCUCCUCCUCCAACCUGAUGUCGCCGUGAUCACGCCUUGUCAUCUGCCCUUUGCCCCCAAACGCCCUUGUCGUGUCACCGAUCUAGCCAGCCAACGCUCGCGCCUUCGCUGUCAAAUUCCACUGGGCAGUUUUUGCUUCACGGGUGCUUCCUAUGGUCAGCUCAUCUUCUCCAGCAACGGAUCAUGUCUCCUUGUUGAUGUGUUCACCGGCCUUAGUGUUUCACCUCCACAACUGCCGGACAACAACCGCAGUAAGCUCUACUACGGUGCCCUCACGGCUCCUCUAGCAUCACCCAACUCACAUCUCCUUGUCAGCACUUCAUCCAGAAGUUUCUUCUGGCGUGUCGGUAGCCUCUUUUGGCGUUCUUCUUGCAAUGAAACGAUCAAGCAGAUCGUGACCUUCAAAGGUCAGCUCUUCGGCACAGACUCUGGUGGCAGGCUCUUUACCUUGCACUUGACACCCCAGAUUCGCAUACAUCAAAUGGCAGGUUUUUGGGGAGAAAGCACGUCCACCGGAAAGCGUCUUGUGAACCUAUGUCUGGUGGCAUGUGGCGAUAUGCUCAUCUUGAUCAGGAGUCGGGGAUCGUUUCCAGCAAGAGGGGAUACCUUUGAGGCACUCCGCCUCGACCAAUCAACUGACAAUGCAAAAUUUGUGAAGGUGGAGGAGCUAGGUAAUUGGGCCAUCUUCAUCAGUACCGACGAGAGAAGCCAGCCGUUGUCUUUGAUGAACCCGGAGAGAUGGGGAGGGAAGAGCAACUGCAUAUACUGCUAUUCACAUGAUUCAGAACAUUGGACCGCAUUCGAGCUGGGCAAGCCUGCCUCUGAUCCUAGCAUCUUUGUUUUCAUAAGCAGCGGCGGUAUGGUGCAACCGAUGUGGGUUGUCCCCAGCAUGUUCUUCUCUCGGUGUCUCUGAUGGUUGAUGAUAUUGAAAUAUUGAUACAUGAUGCAUGACUAUUAUUUGCUUCCCGGAGUAACUUUUGUUGCAAGAGUGCUUGUGGGGAGUUGUAAGAGCAACUUCUGUUGUAAGAGUGCUUGUGGGGAGUUGUAAGAGCGCUUUGAAUCAUCGACAAGUGAAAUACUACUUAUUGUGUUGGCAUCACUCAGGAGAUGUAAUAAUUGGGGUACUUGUUCAGUUGUGAA